UCGAGGAUUAUAUAGACAUGUUCAGCGAGUUUUAGAUUCGUUCAGGCAUAUAAUAGACUCUUUCAGCGAGAUAUACAAGCCUAUUAUAUUGCGUUCGGCAUUCGAGAAGAUUCACUCGCACGUUCAUUAUGUUCAUUUUCGUAUCGUUUUGCUAGCAACGUUCCGCUUCGAGUAACUCAUCGGCAGAUUCGAGUCGACGAAGUAAAAAUCGGUACUGUAUUGCUCGAACAGGAAGGUGCAUGCGACAGAUUUUCUGCCGACAGCUCAAGCUGUCGGAAACGCGCAAAUUUAAACUCACAAAGAAUUUAAGUCACUGUCUAUGUGUGUAAUUGAGUUUGACAUAAGUUUAUUAACAUUCUCAUCACUCAUAUUUAUCCCAUUUUCAACAAAAUUAUGGUAAAAAAUGAUUUUAAAGAAGUGCUGAAUCCGUUUGUUUACACUCACUCCGACCGCCGAUUGCUUCGACCAACUGUCAAACACACAGAUGCUAGAACAAAAAUGUCGACGAAACUUUCAUCAAUACGAAUGGUGAAAACGAUACCGGCUCGACUCGAGUGCUUCCGACGGAAUCUAAUGUCAUUCGAGUAAAAUAGUAGGUCUGAUAGAAAUGUUCGGAAGUAGGCGUUGACAUGUUCAGCAAAUCUGUAGUGCUGUCAUUUGUUUUGUUUACACCCUGUGCCGCAGCGAUUAAUUUUUCAUUCUUAAAUGUCCUAAAAAUAGCCAAAAAUCAUUCCCCAAGCUGUUUAAUACAUGAUUUCAUUGAAACAAACAUAUUUUUCGAAACCGUUUGUUUACCUCCUGAUGAGGACAGUGGCGGAUUUAACGGAACGCGGACUGAGCAGCCGCUGAGGCCCCGUCUAUUUAGGGGCCCCGUGGAUGGUAAUACCAGCAUAUACAACAAUGUGUACUGUAGUCUCAUCCAGAACUUUUGUGCCCAAUAGGGGCCCCAUGGACGAAGAAACUCAUGCUUGGUGUUUGGUACAUGGUGUCUAAAAACGAUAUCGAGCUAGCCCUUGUUAUUUUUUAUUUUAACGUUUCAUAGACUUGAAAAAACGAUCAUAUAAUUCGUAAUUCGUUGUUAGGCAGUGUGUUAGAUUGUCGUCAAGAAGUUUGUGAUCUAGGCGUUACACUGGACUUCAGUUUAAAUUUCCCGAAUUGCACUACGAUGAUAAACACAAUAGAGGCAAUACAACGGUAGUUUACAAGACUUGCUUUAAAAUACGACCAAUUCAGAGGACUCACAACCAUGCCAAGUUAUCGCUCACAUUACCUUCUGCUUGGUCUACAGACGCUCGAGCAUCGUUUUAGGUAAACAAAUGUGUAUUUGUUGCUAAAAUAUUUUAAAAAAAAUACGAAUUAGACGUUGUAUAUUAGAGAAGAGCAACAUCUACGUGCCUUCGAGACCUCUUCGCUCUCGUAACUUGCUUGUUGAUGAGAGCAGGCGUACUUUAUAUGGAUACUGUUUGGAUUUGAAUUUAUCAUACAUUUUGUUUAGGAGAAUUUGCUGUUUGGGUCAUAUUUUGACAGCUCAGUGAGGGAUACAGUUCCGAUCCGCACGGAAUGAUCGAUUCCGCGGUGACGCUCAUCACUACCAAUUUUUUGUAAGGAGAAGACAGACGCUUCGUGAACUCGAGAAGAGAAAGACGUACUUGUGCGCAACACUUAAAACACCACGGAUAUUGUUCAGCCAUUUUUUCUUUAACUUCACUAAAACUUUGUAAUUUGUAACACAACGUAGGACUAUAAUAAAACUAGCAAACGUAAUCAAACCCGUAUAAACAGAUACUGUUGGGUAACCGUCACAUCUCUUCUCACCAAGUUUCGACAUCUUGGUUGAAACGUCAGUUGUCAAAUGUCGCUUCGUGUAUUCAACUCACUUUGUCUUGCGAACUCAACAAUAAAGCAAGCACAUUGUCUCGAAAUAUACAACAAGUGGCGACGAGGAUCGUGAAAAGUUUAUUAAAACUUGUAAACACCCCAGCAAAGCCUCAGCAUUAGCCAAAAUGUCACAUCCACCAGCAGGACCAGCAGGUCAAACAGAAAAUUUGAGCAAAGAUGCUUUGCUUCAGAUUCUUCAAAACCAGCAGCAGCUGAUGAACAAAAUGGCGGAACAGAUGGAUAGCAUGUGGCUAAACUCGCAAACGACGCUUAGCAGUGAGCUCAUCUUGGACUCGCUAUCGACAAACAUUACGGAGUUCGUGUACGACGUAGAUAAAGGUCAUUCUUUUAAUGCAUGGUUUUCACGGUAUGCAGAUUUAUUUGAGAAAGAUGCCGAAAAACUUGACGACAGUGCGAAGGUUAGACUUCUCCUACGGAAACUUAACCCAGCAGCGCACGAACGGUACACGUCUUUCAUCCUACCAAAGCUGUCAAAAGAGUUCUCUUUCGACGAGACGGUUGCUAAACUCAAAACCAUUUUUGGUAGUGCAGUAUCCACAUUUCAUCGACGGUAUCAAUGUCUCCAAACAAUUAAAGAAGAAAGCGAAGAUUAUAUUACAUACUCGUGCAGAGUAAACAAAGCAUGUGUCGAUUUCAAGCUGCAAGAGCUGAAAGAGGAACAGUUCAAAUCCCUCAUCUUCGUUUGUGGACUCAAAUCACAGAAAGAUGCAGACAUUCGAAUGCGCCUUUUGUCCAAAAUCAAUGAGACACAAGACAUUACAUUGGAGAAAAUAGUAGAAGAGUGCACAAGUUUGAUGAACUUAAAAAGGGACACUUCGCUUAUCGAAUCAACUAUUACUACUCCAGUCGCAACAUCACAAGCAGUACGGAAAAAUGAUUCUCAAAGUUACUAUCGCAAGGCGGGAAAGCACGGUGAAAAAAGAUCAGCGACACCAAAAACACCAUGUUGGUCAUGUGGAGGAAUGCAUUUUUCCAAUUUAUGCGAAUACAAACAACACAAAUGCAAUGAUUGCGGGCGGACAGGACACAAGGAAGGUUAUUGUGCAUGUUUUUCGCCAAAAUUACCCGUCAAACCACAGCAACAGCGAACAUCUAAUAUAGUUACCGUCAAUGCAUUGAACCGAGGUCGGCGUUACGUGGAAACUAUCAUCAACGGAGUUCCAGUCAUGUUACAACUAGAUUCUGGGUCUGACAUCACCAUAAUAUCCCAGCAAAACUGGAAGAACAUCGGAACACCAUCGACAGCACCACCUGACUGCCAAGUUAAAACAGCUUCCGGGGAUAGUUUAGACAUCGAAGCAAUGUGUCGUGCUACAUUCAUUCUCAACGGAACACAAAAAGAAGGUGAGGGUUAUGUGUGUCGCGCUAACAUACCCUUGAAUGUUUUAGGUGCUGACCUGAUGGAUGAAUUUGGACUAUGGGACAUACCUUUCUCAACAUUAUGCAACAAGGUUGAGCAACAGCCAGAUCAGCAGUGUAGCAUAGGUUCGACACCCGACACUAUUAGACUUAGCAAAUUAGAAUUAGAUUAGAAUAGCAAAGACACAAUUAUUAGUAUAACAUCCGCUAUAAUAAUCUGCAG